GCAAACUGCGAAUGAGAAGCCAACUUCGGCUUCGCCCAAAUACCUCACGUCCGCUGCGGUACGGGGCUCUGUUAUGUCGUCCCGUGUUUCAUAAUGUCUUCUCCUUACUUCGCGCAGAGCCGGUCUGUUGUCACCCGGAGUGGAAACCGAACUGCCGGCUGCAGACCCGCGGCCUCUCUGAGGUCCAGACUCACCAGCAGUCGCGGGAAUGCGGAUUCGCAAUGCUCGGCGGCGGUGAAGGUGGAGGUGGAGGUGGAUGAGGCGAGGCUCUCUCAGCCAAGACCCUCCUCGCUCUCCUUAUCGACGGGUGGGGGCCAUGGACUCCCGCAACCGGGAACUGUGCAGCCGAAAACAGAAACAGACGCUCUCCCGCUGUCUUCACACAGCCGCAGGAGGAGACAGCUAAAGGUGGAAUAUGACAAGGAUGAAGGUGUUUCACCGGUGAAGACCGAACACUGGGAACCUCCCAACUGGAAGAAACAAUUAGGAUUCAUUCGUGAGAUGAGGAGUGGCCGAGAUGCACCUGUAGAUAACAUGGGAGCAGAGAAAUGCUACGACACAGAAGCCCCUGCACAUGUGAGACGUUUCCAGGUGUUGGUGUCGCUCAUGCUGUCCAGUCAGACCAAGGACCAGGUGACAGCAGGAGCUAUGCAGAAGCUCCGAGCACACGGCUGCACCGUGGAAAAUAUAAUCAGUACUGGUGAUGAAACUCUGGGAAAACUCAUCUACCCUGUCGGCUUCUGGAGGAAUAAAGUGAAGUAUCUGAAGCUGACGUCAGCCAUGCUGCAGAAGGAGUUUGGAGGGGACAUCCCAAACAGCGUGGAGGGGCUGGUCCGGCUGCCGGGAGUUGGACCCAAGAUGGCUCACCUGGCUAUGGACAUCGCUUGGGACCAGGUGUCCGGAAUAGGUGUGGACACACAUGUGCAUCGCAUCUCUAAUAGGCUGGGCUGGCUCUGGAAGCCAACCAAGAACCCGGAGGACACGCGCAAGGCCCUGGAGGAGUGGUUACCCAGGGAGCUGUGGAGUGAGAUUAACUGGCUGCUGGUGGGUUUUGGACAGCAGGUUUGUCUACCCGUCAACCCUCUCUGCUCUGUGUGUCUGAACCAGCACAGCUGUCCAUCUGCCCACAAGAUCUCUCCGACAAAGAGGCCUAAAGCUGGAUCCCCACGCUCUCCGAGCCCAACGUCUUCCUUCAAAAUAAAAACCGAACCUGGACAGGAAUUUGCAGUUAAAGAUGAGAGGGCAGAGAAGGAGUCACUGCCCUCACCUCUGUCCCCCACCACGCAGAGGAGGAGGCUAAAAUCCAAGGUCGACCACUGAUUCAGUCAUCACAUGAGUUGUUGUCUGAGCUGUGACCAGAUGUUGCACACAGAGACACAUUAACUGAAAACAAGCAUACAAGCUAAAUAUUGUGAAUACUGUUCAUUUACAAUUCAUAUGAGACUAAAUAUUUUUGUACUGUUAGUGCCUUAGUUUAUUUACCAAAUAAAAAAUAGAUGUACUGAAACUGGAUGUAAAGGUCAUUCAUUUCACGUCAUCGAUUCCAAUAAGAGCGAGUUUGCAUGUUGUUUA